UGCAAGAUAUAUGGUCAUACGAGCGGGGCCAUGUGGGCUGCUAAAAUGGGCCGCCUCGACGAUGUGAGAUGAAGCACACAAGUCUCGGCCCGCAUAACAGAGUCGCGAGUCGCGAGUCCAGACUGGUCGUGGUGAACCAGUGCGGUGCAACUCGGGGAAGCGAGAGAGCAGAAACGGAGAGCUGGAUGGAUGUCGGUAGUUCUUGACGAGGGGGUUCCAUCUGACUCGAGGAACAGGGAGCACCGAAUCACUGAGUUGGUCUCUGCUGGCGGGGCGAGUUGGGGUGCUUUUGUCCGUGUCGCGUUUCCUCUCGAAGGCCGUUUCAAAUUCGUUCUUCACGGAUUACAAGAUUUAAGGUGGGCAAGUGGUUGCGAUGGGGAGAAUUCUUGUGAACUUUGUUUCAUGUGGACUGUGGCAAGAUAUGUGGUGCAGAAGCAGUAGGAAUAUUCAGACAGGCGUCAGUGUGCGUACUGAAGGCUGAAUUAAACGAGCUCCUGAAUCUCAAUGACCCGAGCACGCAAUGUCGCUGUUGCGUCUGGUUUAGUCGCUUUUGUUGCUGCAGGCUUGGCAUUUCCAUUUUACAUGGCGUCAUCUCGAGCGAAUCCCGUGAUUGAUUCAUCAAAGCCUCUCCCACCUCAGGCAACUUUUCGAGGCCCUUACAUAAACACGGGGUCACGUGACAUUGGACCUGACCAUCAGACUCACCCAAAGAAGUGAGCUGUUGUGGCUUGCGUUGGCUUGGUUUCUAAUCUCCAUGUUCAUUUUUUUUACAAUGUAGCAAACAUUUCAGUUGAAGACCCCUCUCGAAGUAGCACCGCAUGCUAGCCAAAUUCCCUAGGUUUGGAAAAAAUAUUUGAUUUGCAUCUUUUUGACAAAA